AUGGCUAAGGAAGAUUUCGAAUCGAUUACUGGAUCGCUGCUUACCUUAGGAGGUGUCGUCCUAUUUUUCUUAACCAUCUACGGAAUAAUGGUACUCUAUCGUCACUUUUAUCUCGGACGUGACUGGUGUGACUCGUUAUCCUGGUCUCCAACGAAUCCACGAGUCGAUCGUGCCAACCGCAAACACCGCAGGGAGGAUGUGGAAGCGACCCCAAAAAAGGCAACAGUGGUGCGAUUCCAGAUUAAUGGGAAAGCUUUCGGGAAUGAAGAUCUUUGA